AUGGAUGAUCGGCAAACAGAUUCGUUCUGGGCGUUUACCGGCGAAGGCGGUUGCUCCUCUGCUAUUGACAGUUUUGCAUUCGGGGUUAAUGGCGCAGAUAUUGAUCGGCUCGAGUCUCUCAGCGAGGGAGUGUCGGCCCCUGGAUUGUCGCAAAACUGCGACAAAUUCCCCUCCGACUCAGCGCUGUGUGUCUGGAUCUCCUGGCUUGAUUGCGCAGAGCGAGGCUACAAGCGUCUUUACGGAGCGCCUGUCCGAAUUCCUUGUGCCAAUCUGAUAUCAAGAUUCGCAAAGCACGUCUCGUCAACUACAGUGACGAAAGAUGCAGGGAUCCUCGCCACCGCCGAUGCUGCGUCGCUGCCGUCACCCUCUCAUUCGAUGCGGUUGCCCCUGGAUCUCCAGUGGAAGGCAAAGUCCCCCAUUUUCCCUCUCCCCAUAGAAUACACUCAAGCUGAUGCCCCGCCAGCUUAUCCCUGUUCGCGCCCCGUUUCCGCUCUUGCCUUGUCAACGACUCCUCCUAGGUUUGAACCCGCUUCUCCGGAUGUGUUCUAUUUCAACAACGGUGGUUGUCUCCUCGUUCAUCCAGACGACCUCCAUCCCCAUUCCAUGGAGCUGUACAGGCAAGCGGAAAUUGCUUGGUCUUCCGCUCAACGAAUGAAUGCUGAAGGCGGAGCGGGAGGGUGCUCGUCUCCAACAGGUUCAGGCAACGAGGCUGAUUCGCACACGAACUCGGCGGAGUCCUCAGUCCCAGGUCGGCAGUCCCAGCAAAGUCGGUCUCGCGAGGAUCAGUUCACCUCUGAAGCGAGAAGUGGUCCGGUCCCCGGGGAGUGCAAGGGAAACGCGAAGCACAGUGCAGCUUCAGGCCGGGCUGAUGUGUGUGGAACAGGCGGUGGAGUCACGGCUCCCACCGCAGGUGGCUCUCAGCGAGAAAAGCGACCGCCAAAGCAGAGUCUCGAGGAGGAACUUUUGAACGAGCGGCAAAGGCGCCGAUGCCUCGGCAUCAGCCGCUAUGUUUGGAGUAAACAGGGGAAGAUGAUUAUGCUUUCAAAUUCCUCCGGAGUUUGGAUCUAUGAUGGCUGCUCAGCUAUUGAAUCUCUUCUCGCCAAAGAGGCCCCGCGAACACUGCCGCUGCCGUAUCCCUGCUCCGCUUCUUCGUCACUGGACGUCGGUACUAAACCCGGCGCCGUGAGUGCCACAGGACACACGGGAAAGAAAUCAGCCCCUGCAUCGAGCAACGUGGCCACGUUCUUUGCGACGAACCGGUUAUCACCGGCCGCCUACAUGGUGCCGGCGACCGAUUCCGGCUCCGGGCGCUCCGGUGGUGUUUCGGGUCCGUCUCCUGCGAAAACGGAAACUUCUUUAGUGGAAACAACUUUUAGAGAACUGGAUGGCCGUUUGGAUGCGGAAGCAAUGGUAUCUGCGCUGGAUGAGCAUUUCUCUAACCGGAACCCGCCAUCUUUCGCGAGAAAUCAAAGCUCCUCAACGGAUCCUGCUUCGCGGCCUCGCGUCGCGAUCCAUCCUUCUGGUCGCAGCCACGCAUUUGGGACUGCGCGGCUUCUCGUGCCUCGGAAGAAGGAAGGAGGAAGAUCCAUCUUGGACUGUACUUUCUCGCCUGACGCCACUCGUGUGGCAUUCGUCCACGAGUCAGAUAUCCAUGUCGUCGCACUGCCUCAGACCUCGGAAAAUAAGAGGCUUCCGGAGGGAGACACAGUUCAAACUGGUCCAGCGACGUCAGACGAAGUGUCCGGGGCAAAAGGCAGCAGAGGGCAAGCACUGAACGACGGUCUCUGCAUGCUCACAACGAGCGGAAGGAGUGGCAAGGUCGUGAACGGUCUGGCGGAGUACGUGGCCCAGGAGGAAAUGUACCGCACUCGAGGCUACUGGUGGUCGCCCUGUGGAGACUUUAUUGCUUUCUGCCGGUUCACGGAAGACCACAUCAAGCCGCUCUGUCUGCAGCGCGUCAGGCUCCCGCAAUACCAGGCGUGCGAAGCUUCUGACAGGGGGACUGUCCCUGCAGGGGUUGCCGCCGAGGCCAGGAAGGAACAGACUGAGGCGUCUCCGGGGCAGUCGGCAGGCAGAAAACAAGUCCCCUCUUCAGAAAACGAACAGGGCUCUGCAGAGACGCAGUUGUCGCAUGCAGAAACGGCCGAGGACGCUGAGAUGGCCGGGGAAGGUGUUCAGGGGGAAAACGCACUGAAAAAAGGGACGGAGCGCGUUGGAGACCGCCGACGCGGCGGCGCAGCGGGCGUCGGUUCGGCACUGGGUGAGGAAGCGAAUGGGGGAGUGAGGCAAUCCGAGGAAGAAGAGUGGAGUGAAGAUGAGCUCUCCAGUAGAGGCUGUGAGGCUCCGGGCGCUGUCGGAGAGGAAAGGAAUGGCCAUAGUCGUCCCGGCGAGAAGGCGAAGGCGCAAGACAAAACGUCGAUUCGAGACGGAAAGCAAAAACACUCAGAAGAACCUGAGGACCUGUUGGUUCAGGAGGAGCACCAUUUCCCCUUUGCUGGCAUGGAAAAUGUCCGCAUUCGCGUCGGCAUUCUCCAGGUGCCUUCGGCCAGUGAACUGAGACGAGCGGCAGCUUGCGCUGUGUCGGGCGAAGCGCAAGAGUCGUCUUCUCAGACGAGCCUCGCGUCCUGCGACGAGCGCGUUGCCAAUGGAGACUCGUCUACGCUGUCGGUUUGCCGCCUCUCCUCCGCUUCCCUGCCGGGGUAUUCUCUUGACCACCCUCUGGAAGCUUGUGAAAGGUGCACUGCCUGCUGUGCAUGCGUGUCCGCCACGGGAAAUCCGGCUAGCUCUCAGCUGUGUUCUUCCCCUUCUCUGCCUGCGGCGCGCGCUGAAGACCACGCUUCUGCGGGUUCCCUCCAGAGGCGUUCCAACGCUUCCUCUUCUCCGUGUCCUUCUCUCGCUUGUUCUCAUCGUCGGGGAACUCGAGAACGGUUCAUUGAUCUGCCCGUCCACGACUGGAACAAAGACUUUUACGUUGCUCGCGCGCAGUGGAUCUCGAUCGCGGAGUGGAGCGACCUCGUGGCUCUCAAGCUCCUUACACGUGAAGAAGUCGAAAUCAUGCAGGCGGGCAUUCGCCGCCGCGAACGCGAACGGAACGAAGCUGCAAACGCCGCAGGCUACGACGAGGCACGCGGCCGUGGUCCCUCUGGAGAGGACGCAGCGGGUCUGGAUUGCAGCCAAGUAUCGCCGCCGCCAGUGCUUCUUCUUCAACUCCAGGACCGGCUUCAACAAGAACUGCGAAUCUGCGCGGCUUUGCCUUGGCUGCCCUCGGACUUUUUGGAGACGCCACGCGCGAAACCGGAGGACGAGAAGCUCCGCUGCGUCGUCUGCUUCACGGAGAGGUCGCACUACUGGAUCAAUCUCCACGACGAUUUGCAUCAGCUGGGCAAAUCCCUUUGGUACUUGUGGACUGCGGAAAGGAAGACGAUGAACGAGCUCUACUUGCAAAGCGAAGCCUCGCCAGCUUCGGCUUCUGUCUGUCUCGCUCGGCUGCCCAAAGACAGUGAACUGAGAGCUCUUCAACUUUGGUGCCGGAAAUGUGGACACGAGAGCGAGGGCCAGGCGGAAAAGCGGUCUGGGGACGGCGCGAUGGAGCCGGAGGACCACGGAAAAGCCGGGCGGAAGCGCGGCAAAUUCUGGGGCCAACGCGGGACAUGGAAAAUUGAGAUUCGAGAUCUGCUUCAACCGUGGGCGUUCGUGACAAAUCCAACCGUCGAGGGCACGCACUCGUUCGUCGUCUCGGAAAAGGCGCCUCUCGUCGUGCACCAGCACCACGCGCGUCUCUCUCCCAGACAGAUUUGGAUUCGCUACAUCCCCGAUUGGGACGCGGUGCUUCGCCACGCGCACGUCUCUCCGGCCUCGCCCGGUGCCCAGCUGCACUAUUCCCUCGCGGCUGCAGUGUCACGGGGGCGUGCUGUCUUCGGCGAACAGCUGGAGCUUUUUCCGGACAAAACAGAGAAGAGCGGACGCGCACAGGCUGAGCAGUCGUGCGCAGAGACGGGAACGGGAGAGAAGACGAAGGAAACCUGCGCUAAGGAAGGGCACGAACGCGAACAAAGGCUUUCACCCCAAGAAGCCGACCUGCAACUCCUGAAGGGAUGUGAGCACCUGAGCUACGCGUAUGGAGACACCGCUGCAGCUGGACAGGUUCUCUACGAAUUCCAGCAGGUCCAGCGCGUGUAUCUUCGCGUCGUCCGUUCUCUGGUGCCUCCCGUUCCUUUCGAGUUGGAGAACGAAGGAGAAAAAUUGUUUGGGUGCUACUAUCGCCCAAAUGUGGAGGUUCAUGGACCAGGCCCGUACCGCGCUGUUGUGUCUCUCUAUGGAGGACCCACGCUGCAGUUUGUCCCCGACGCGUUCGACCUGCUUACGGACAUGCGAGCCCAAGCUCUGGCGAAACUCGGAUUGAUCGUUGUAAAAGUGGACAAUCGUGGGUCGUAUGGAAGGUCCAUCGCCUUUGAGAAGGCGGCGAUUCAUCGGCGCUUGGGCGUUGCCGAGCUUUCCGACCAGAGAGCUGCAGUCAUGCAUCUCUACCGCGUAGGUCUUGUCGCUCUUCACGCAGACGAGGCUGCUCGCGUAUCUCACGUGUCUCCGUCUGGCCUCGCUUCUGAGCCUUGCGCGGUCCCCGGGUGUGCGUUGGACACGGCCGCAGAGCCCAAAGAGACGCAGCAGGCUCGCGCGCAUGCACUCAGGCAGAAGAGAGGCCGAGAAGCUGCGGCGCCUCAAGGCAAUGCCGGAGCGAGGGGGAAGGCAGGCGAGGCAGAAGAGAGGGAUGCGUCUCAGUGUACAGUCGCGGCAAGCGAGAGAGGGGGAGUUGAGAGAGCUUCGCCUCGGGGACGGAAGAGAGCGAAAACAGAAGGCAUCUUGGGCCUGGACUGCAACGCGGAGAGGACACCGGCGGAAGUCCCAUUUGACGAGGUAGCCGAGACAGGACAAGAGAACGAGCGAGACGGGCGGUCAGAGAAAGCAGCAGAGGGCCUUGAAAGAGAGGCAAGGAAACGAUCGGCAGACAUAGGAGCCAUUGGAGGAGACAGUCUUGUCAAGUACGGCGUCGGCAUCUACGGAAUUUCUUACGGAGGAUAUCUGGCCGCCAUGGCCCACUUCACGCACCCCGAUUUCUUCACCUGUUGCUGGAGCGCCGCCCCCGUGACUGCCUGGGAGCUGUACAGCACACACUACACGGAGAGAUAUCUGUCGCUUCCGCGUCUGAACUCCGAAGGCUACAAACAAAGCAGCGUCUUGAACCAUGUCAAGUUCUUGGAACCGCAAACCAAUCGACUUAAACUUCUUCAUGGAUAUCUCGACGAAAAUGUGCACAUGCAACAUAGUCUCAUCCUCCUCGAUAAGAUGAUACGGCAUCAGGUGAGAUCACAAGUGCAUGCAUGCUUGCAUCUAAAGAAUGUGCGGCCGUACAAAUAG